AUGUCUAGGCACAACAGGCCUCCACUUUCUCUUAAACUUACUUAUUUAAUUAGUAUUUAAAGUCUUCAACCGCUGUAGAACAAAAUGUCCUUUUGACUUUACGGGUUCUGACAACAAAACAGCAUAUGUGCUGCUCGAAUCUAUACCUAACUCGCCCUAUUAAUCAGCGAACAAUAAAAUUUUGUUCGCUUAUGGUUUUUUUAAAAAAUAUUAUAUAUAUAAAUUUUAUAGUAAUAUUUUUUAUGUCAAAUUUUAAAAAAUCCCAAUUCGCAAAAUUGGAAAGCAAAUUUAAUUUAAUUGUAAAAUUUAUUUUUAAAAUGCAAGGUAUUUAAAAUUAAACAGAACUAGCUCGAGACUUAAAUAUAUUAUUUAUUAUUUAUAUAUAAAAAUUUUUCUAUUAAAAAAAAAUUUGUUCGCUCACGGAGGGUGGGUUUUGGCAAAAUAUAGGGAUUUUUCAAAUGUUUUUAUUAACUCACAGAGGGGGAAGUAAGCAAAUGAUACUGCAAGCCAAGCCAGCUGCCAAGAUGGGCCCUGGCCUCACCCUUGUCAUACUUAGCUCCAGUGUGUUAUUUAUCUAAUUGCGCCAUCCUUAGACGUGUUGAGGCAAAAUCUUGAGUCUUAAUGCCUUUAGAGCAGUCUCCUAGUGUUAUGAGACAAGAGGCUAAACUAUUGCUGUGGAGAAGUUCUCUAUAUAAAAGAAAUAAAAUUGCUUGAUAUAGAGAAAAUUAGCAGAGCUAAUAUAUCUCGAACAGAAUGCCAAAGCUCUUCUCUUAAACAUAUUGCAAAAUACAUGAAAGAGAAAACCAGCAAAACUUGUGUGAUUGUAGGAUCCGUUCUCGACGACCCUAGACUGAUUCAAGUCCCUGAAGGUCUUCAAAUUGUGACAUUGAGAAUCAGCGAGGCUGCAAGAGCAAGAGUUGAAGCUGCUGGAGGAAAAGUCCUCACUUUUGACCAAUUUGCAAUUCAAAAUCCAACAGGAAAGGACACUGUGCUUUUAAGAGGCAAAAAGACUGCAAGAGAAGCUUAUAAACACUUCGGAGCUGCACCUGGAACAAAGAGAUCCAAAGCCAGACCAUAUGUUCGUACUCCUGCCAUCUAACUUGCAAAUUAAUGUUUUUUUUAAAAAAAUACAGCAUAGAGAUAAAUAAAAUUAAAAAAACAAAUAAUUUUUAUAUUUAUUGUAUAGAGCAGGUUAGCGAAGGAAGAAAGUUCGAAAGGGCAAGAGGUAGAAGAUAA